UAAUUAAUAAUUUUUACGAAUUCAAUUUCAAAUUCGAAAAUUCUUUUUGAACGAAUGACGUCAUUUUUUUUUAUUUUAUAUUGAAUAAAACUUUAUAAAAAGAAAUUUAUAAAUAAUUAGAGAUAAUAAAUAAUUCAGUCAUUUUCUAAUGAGUCAUUUAAUUAUUUUUACAAAAUAAUUAAAGAUUAAGUUCUGAUAACGAUAACUUGUCAUUCCGAGUUAUCACGUGGUACUGUGAGCACUUAUAUAAUUUAUCCAGUGUCUCAUAUAUUUUUGAGUUUACUUGUAAUCAGUCACGUGAAAGUAAUUAUUUAAAAAAUUAAAUAAACAAUAAAAAAAGUCUUAUUACUCUUUUUGUUGUAAUCAUUUUUGAAUUUUUUUUCCGCGAAAUUUGAAUAAUUUGAAAUAAACAUGGGUUCGAAAAGUGUAUUGUUUAAUACUGGGAAUAUUCUUUCGUUAAAUGAAUUGAAAUUAAUAGCGGGCAAGACAUCAGAGGAAGAGCUUGUCGAGGCUCUUAAAAUAAUUCUCAAGGAUCCUCAAAAUACAAGUGGAAAUGAUGUAAUUAAUGCAGGUGGUGGUGAUAGAAAGGAAUUAAAAAUAACAGUUAAAAUAUUUAUGCAAUCUGAUGAUCCUGAAUUACUUAGAGAUGCUUUAAAUCAACUACUCAAAGUAUUACAUACUGACAAUAUUGAGACUUUGAUUCUUGCCUACGGUGAAGCUAAAAACAUUGAAAAAGAAUUGGAGUCACUACAAAAACUAUGGCCAGUGUUAGAAGAAUUUAUUAAUGCAGGAAAACUUAUGUCUGUUGGUGUCAGUAAUGUUGAUACUGGGAUUUUUAUAAAACUAUACGAGUGGGCAAAUGUAAAGCCGACAAUUGUACAAAUAAACCUAGCAAUGUGUUGUGUCGUCCCACCAAUUCUUCAAGCAUUUACGCAACAACAUUACAUUCAAUUAUUGACACACAAUGAUCCUUAUCAAAUACUAAACAAAGAAUUGUUCGCUGAAUUGUUUGGUGAUGAGGCGACAUUGAAUUGGGUCGCUAAAUAUCAAGUGCACAUCAAGUGCCGCGGAGUUCUGUCAUCAAAAGGAUAUUUUGUUAAUGUUAAUAAAUGAUUAAUUAUA